AUGAGUCUGAGUGUUGACCUUGGAGGAACCCCGGUGACCCCCCAGCUGACCGAGAGUCUGAGGAAGAUUCUGCUCGGUGGAACGUUUCAUGUCUUCAAUUACGAGUGGAGGAAAUCCUUCUUUCAGUUCAGAGAGCCGGACUCUGAGGUUUCUUACGCUCUGAAGACCGACAGCGGCGGGGCUCAAGCCAUUCAGAUGGUGAUCCAGGCCCGGAUCAUUAAACACCUGCUGUUCCUUCGGCAGAGCGCUUCGGACGGACAGACGCUGCACAGUCUCACCGUCGGACAGAAGGAGCAGAACGGAGCUUUGGCAACGGUGCUGGCCGACAGCCUCUGGUUGGCUGGCCAAGAAAGCGAAGCCACCGUCACCUUGGUAACCCAAGAAUACUCCAUCACACCUCACCUGGACUACAAGCUGGACAACUUCACAGAGAGGUUGCAGCUUUUUACGUUUAACGCAAAGGAAGAUGUGGAGAACUUCAUCCUGGAUCACUUUCAGUGUGUGAGAGAGGAGGGGAGUCAUGGAGUCAUCCUGUUCCUGUACAGCCUUAUUUGUUCCCGGACAGUCAACAGGCUGAAGGAGGACCUGGACUCCACCACCUCCCACCUGCUGUACCUCAGGGUGGGAAACUUUGUAUGCCGUCAGGCCUUGCUGAACCUGCUGUUGACAGGAAAGGCCAGUCCGAAUGUCUUCAACGGGACUCGGUCCCUUGGGGAGGACGGACAUCCUCUGGAGCAUCCCCUGCAGGGCCUCCUGUCCCGAGGAGAUGUUGGAUAUCUCCACUGGAGCCGGGAGCAGAUGGAAGGAGGACGACUCCCACAGGUGGGCAGCAUGUUGAAGACCCCCCGGUACCCCGUGUGGAUCUGCUGCAUCAACAGCAGUUUCUCUGUGCUGUUCGGGCUGAAGCGCUCGCUGCUCUCUGAUUGGAGGAUGGAACACCGGUUCCAUCUUUUCUACUUCAGCGGGCAGAGCUGCCAGGGGACCACGACCCAGCUGACUGUGGGUGAGGACCGGGGUCCCCUUUGGGGGGAGGGGGGCUGCUCUGGGUCUGACCAGCUCGCCGCUCUCUGUUGCAGAUACUCACCCUCACCACUGGGAGGCCCCCGUUAGGCGCUCAGAGGAGAACCGGUCUCUGGAGAUGACCAUCAGGACCAAAUGGGACGGGGCCGCCAUCGACUGGACGGGAUAUCGAGGCGUGAAUCCCUAAUAAAUUAAGCACUAUUAUAUAAUCUUUGAAUAUUUAUGAUGAAUGUAUUUAACAAACCAGAAUACAGUCAUUAAAACCUGGUCAAAAUAAACUAUAAUAAUAUAAAAGAAAUGGGUCACAGUCUGAAUCCAGAGGUUUUUAGGCCAAUCUUAAGAGUCUAGUCCUGACGCACCUGAUCCAGUCUGGACCCCUAGGGACCAGAAGGGGAGGGGGUCUGUGACCACCUGAUUCACUGUGUGUAUUAAAGAUUCCUCACCU